CAAUGUUAUAUAGCUUUCGGAAGAAAGUACUCAGCCGCAUUCGCGCUGUGUGUGUUGUGCCAUUAAAGACGCUUGAGAAGUUCCUGGUUGGGUUCCACAAGCAGUGAAUUUGACUCUUAAACAAAAUGGCGCCUAACCCUUUAGGCAAAUCCAACUACUACAGUUCCGCGGAACCUGUGCAGAUUAUCAGCAAGCCGGGUGUCCAACAAGAUGUACAACGUUACCAGCCGAAAAUCGACCGAUCUGCCACUCCGAAGUAUAGAUGGCAGGUGGUCUGGAGGAACGUCCUCAUCUUUGUGUACCUACACGUCGCCGCCUUCUAUGGUAUCUACUACUUCUUCACGGCGGCAAAAGCAUUAACUUUACUUUACUCGUACAUCACGGUUGCAAUUUCUUCGUUGGGGGUGACAAUGGGAGCACAUAGAUUGUGGGCCCAUAGGUCAUACAAGGCUAAAUUUCCGCUACGGGUUCUUCUGAUGAUAUGCCAGACCGUGGCUUUGCAGAACGACGUCUAUGAAUGGGUCAGGGACCAUCGAGUCCACCAUAAGUUUACCGACACUGACGCUGACCCCCACAAUUCCAACAGAGGGUUCUUCUUUUCCCACAUGGGCUGGCUGUUGGUCAAGAAACACAGGGAUGUCUACACGAAAGGGAAAGGGGUUCCCAUGGAUGACGUUGCUGCUGAUCCCGUUGUUAUGUUCCAGAGAAAGUACUACCUCAUUCUCGCACCCCUCUUCUGCUUCAUCCUCCCCUCUCUCAUCCCGUGCUGGUUCUGGAACGAAAACUUCAACGUCAGCUGGCACGUCAACAUCUUCCGGUACCUCGUGGUCCUUCACGGAACCUGGUGUGUGAACAGCGCCGCCCACAUGUGGGGCUCCAAACCCUUCGACAAGAACAUCAACGCGUGUGACAAUAGGGCUGUGGCGUUCGUGGGAUUCGGGGAAGGCUGGCACAACUACCACCAUGUGUUCCCGUGGGAUUACAAAGCGGCCGAACUGGGGAACUACUCCAUGAAUGGGAGUACCGCAGUGUUGGACUUCAUGGCGAAGAUUGGAUGGGCCUAUGAUCUAAAGACUGUGAACGUGGAGAUGGUGGCCAAUAGGGCAAAACGUACAGGGGAUGGGAGCAGGACGUACGAGAAUAUUUUGAUUAAACAUGAGCAUGACCACCACCAUGAAGAUAGCGUGUGGGGGUGGGGGGAUGUGGAUAUGAAGCCGGAGGAGAUCGAGAUGGCGGAUAUACACCACAAGAAGGAGUAGUUUUUAGUUGUGAGUUAGUUAGCUGUGAUUGAGUUGUUCUUGUUACCGAAACAGGAUUGUUCGAAUUAUUUAUUUUGUUAUAUUAUUUUGUUUUGUUGUGUUUUGUUUUUAAUAACGUCGUAGUGUUAAGUUUAUAAUAAUAUAUAUAAAACAUAAAGUGUAGUUUUAGUUAGUCCAAAAUAGACAAAAAAAUUUUUUUAA